AUGGCGAACAGAUUAAAAUUAAUUCUGCCGGAUAUUAUUUGUGAGGCCCAAAGUGCUUUUGUACCUGGUCUUCUGAUCACAGACAAUGCACUUGUGGCGUUUGAAUGCUUCCAUUUUAUGAAGAAGAAGAUCAGUGGCCGUAAUGGCGUUUUGGCUCUGAAGCUUGACAUGUCCAAAGCUUAUGACAGAGUAAAGUGGCCUUUUUUGGCGAGUGUUGUGUUGAAAAUGGGUUUCCCUCAAAAUUGGGUGGAUCUCAUAAUGAGCUGUGUAACAACAGUGAGCUUUUCAAUUAUGCUGAAUGGUGUUCCUCAGAACCCUUUUUCACCGGGACGAGGAUUGAGAUACGAUAGCGUCAUUUUUGCGAGAGCAACAGUAGAUGAAGUGGAAUGUGUGAAAGAGAUUCUUUCAACGUAUGAACGGGCCUCAGGACAAGUCAUUAACCUUGACAAGUCUACGCUCACGUGUAGCCGAAAUGUUCCAGAUGAUUGUUUUAAUCACCUUAAAGGGUUGAUGCAUGUAAAGGUUGUUGAGUGUUUUGACAAAUAUCUUGGGUUACCAACCAUUAUUGGGAUGUCCAAAACCCAGAUAUUUAAUUUUGUCAAGGAUCGGGUUUGGAAAAAGCUCUUUCUCGAGCUGGAAGGGAGGUUUUGGUCAAGGCGGUUGCUCAAGCUAUCCCGUCCUAUGUCAUGUCUUGUUUUCUCCUUCCGGAUGGGUUAUGCUCUCAGAUUGAAUCCAUGA